GGCAACAGCGCAUGUGCACACCUUUCGAAUUUUCAAGAACACCUCGUCGGGGCGGUUCGCGAACGCGGCCACGUGGUAAAUUCUACAUCCGCCGGUCGCAAGAAACGAACGCGUGUUUUUCAAUCGCUCGCUCGCAGCAGGCUUGGCAAAGUCCUGCUACAGGUUAUUAUCGCGUCUCUGUGACAUUUCUUCGCCCUGUCAGUUAUUAUUUUUUUAUUUUUUUGUAAUCGGUGUAUUAUUGUUUUUUAACAAUUAACGAGGGUAUUCAAUCCGUAUUCCGGUACCGUUCAUCGGCGGAGAAUUGUUAUUUUUCGAGAUUUGCGUCGAUCGUCUUGAGUAAACAGCUGUUACGGUUUUUUGCGCGUUGGAUUUUUUGCUUCUUGCAGAACAUGGAUCAUUGCGUAUUCCCUAGACACAGCAAACGUGGAUCAAUCAAAUUAUGGCCCCGUUCUUACCUGGUCCGGUUGUAAAGUACAGCGUCCCGACUGUAAUCAUUCUUCUCAGCUAUUUCUUGUACAGAAGGAAGAAAAUUGGAGUUCGAAGUGACACAGGUGGCUCCAAACCGAUCGAGGAAAGUUUUAGAGACUCCACGGAGAGCACUGAGGAAUCGGAAACGUUUGAAGAUCCAGAUUUAUCAAUCGCGGCAUUUCCAGAGAAGGUGAAAAGGUCGCAGAGUACGCCAGUAUCAUCCCCACCGAAAUCAUUCAACAGAUCGUUGAGCGGCGUAGAGACAGCCCCUAUUGAUAUAGUUUAUCCUCCAGAGUUGAGGUCAACAAAGUCUACUCCAGUAGUUAUUCCAGACGAAGAUUUGGAUAUAGAAAUUGAAAAGAUAAAAUCGAUGAGGAACCAGUACACUUCACCCAGUACCAUAUCUUCACACCUGUCCAAAACUCCAUCUCCUAAGGUGGAGAAGUCGAUUGCAGACUUCAAAUCCAGUCCAGAAGUUAAACAGGAAGAUUCAGAUAAUAAGAAUUGUUCAGUUAUUAAAGAAAGCUUUGAGCACAACGUUUUGAACAGCAGCAGUGACAGCAAUACUAGUAUAAAAAUGGCCCAAAAAGAUAUUACGCCGGUAGUGACCAAACCUAAUACACCCAAGAAAAUCAAAUCUAAUAAGACAGAGAAGAAACAGGAAAAACCUGUAAAGAGCCCACAAAAAAAUAAAACACCAGAAAAGAAAAUGAGCGUUUUAAAGAUUUCUUCUCCUGAACCAAAAGAAGAAGAAUGCGGACUGCAAAACACGAAUCAAACAAGCGGUGAAGACUUACAUGAUCAUCCGGAAGUGUGUAGAAAAAGUUCAGGAAGAGAUUCGGCCAAUCAUAGUCCGUCAGAUGUUAUGAUGGCCAGUCCUAGUUUAAGUUGCAUGUCUGACAAUCAUAGUGAAGGUUCAAGUGACAGUGGAAAAGGAAGCAGUGACGUCGCAACGCCCCCUGCCUCCCGUACCCCACAAAUAGGCAUGGACCCGAGUGUGCCAGUGAGUUACGAUUUCGCCAUCCAUCAAAAUUUGGUUGGUAAACUGAUCGGCCGUCAAGGGUGCUUUGUUCAGAAUAUCAAAGAUAAAUGCAAUGCACAUGUGUAUGUUAGAAGUCAUCCCACUAACAACAGAUUGAAGCUAUGCAGUGUUGAAGGAACACAAAAGGAGAUUGACAAGGCUUUGAAAAUGAUUCGUGAUAAAUUUCCUCUUAAAAAAUAUGCAGAAGUUACGCUGGAACAGGUUCAGUUAACACCAUUGGUACCGACAGUUUCUCUAGUUCCAGACUAUCUUUAUUUGAAGCUAAUAGAAGGCAUUAACAAUGAUACAAUAUUGAGUUGUAUGGUGGCCCCAAAUCAUCUUUUUAUGCAACAACCAACACACCCUUCUUUUCCAAGCCUUAAUUUGCUAACGAAUUGUAUGAAUUCAUGUUACAACUCUACAGAUUCUCCAUUGUUGCCAUCACCUAUUCCAGAAAAUACAGUUUGUGCUGCUUAUUCGAUAGACUCGUGGUACAGAGCAAUAGUCCUUUCUUCAGAUGACGAAACGGACACGUCAUAUAUAAAAUUCCUAGAUUAUGGAGGUUAUGCUUAUGUAGAAAAUGACAAAUUGAGGCAGAUCAGACAAGAUUUUAUUCUCUUGCCCUUCCAGGCAUCUGAAUGUUUUUUAAGUAACGUUAAACCUUUAACAAGUGACGGAUCAUGGCCAGAAGAAGCUUAUAAUAUAGUAGCUGAAGUUACCAAAGGUUCAAUAAUUUACACUCAAGUAGCGGACUAUAGUCCAGAAGGAGUUCCUCUAGUUUUAUGUUUUGUUGUUACUGGACCUCAAGAUGUGGUAUUCCUUAAUAGAAGACUUGUAGAUGAAGGCUAUGCAGAGUGGGUCGACUUUGAAGAGACGCCUUCGACAACACAACAAUCGGAAGUCGAUACUAUUGUCGCAUAAUUCUCUAUUAUUGUUAAUUUUACCGUUCUUAAGAAUAAUUGAAAAUCGUUUAUUCUUCACAAAUGACCAAAAAAGUCGAACUUGGGGUUGAGUAACUUGAAUUUUAAUUUGUGAUCAAUUUCGGCGCUAGUUAAUUGAUGUGUUUUGCAUGACUCGACCUUUUUAGUUGACAUAUAAUACAGGGAUGUAAAUAAAAAACUUCUUAUGGUUUGGUUCAGUUAAUGUAUCUCUGGUAUUCUAGUCCUUUUUGAGUACCCCUGUAUAACAAGUAUAAUAUAUGGCAUAUUCUAUAAAUUAAAGGGAAAUGUCAACGUCAGCUUAUUAGCUCUUUUGUAUUUUAAUAUUUUGUAGUUUUUAGGUUAACGACUGAUAAGUAUGCGUUAUAUAUACAUAUAUAAAUUUUUAUUAUUGUCGAGAUUGUAGUUGAUAGAUACUGUACUACUUAGGGCACGAUUUAAAAAUUGCAUGGUUUUUAAUUAGUAAAUAAAUUCAAUUUAUAAUUGAGCAGAUAGAAUGUUAAAUGAUUUUGUUGUUUUUAUGCGCAUUAAAUUUUGUUUUUGGGUUCGAAGGUUGUAAUGUAUCAUGCUUUUUUUUUGUUUUUGUUGUAUAAAGAGUAUACUGAAAAUGGUAUAUCAAAUAUCUACAUAGAUAUUUUUAUUUUUGUCCUAUUAAAAAUUAAAAACCUCGCAAUGAGUAUUGCUAUUAGUACGGAAAGUAUUCCUGGCGGGGGCAUGUGAUAAAUGUGAAAGCGCAAUAUUUUUAGUUAAAACUAAAUCAUUUUUAGUAUUGUAAAUAAAAUUUAUUUAUAUUACUUAUUUUCUUAAUAGACUUUUUGAUUAUUUUAUUUUUUUAUUGUUGUAUGCUUAAAAUUGCAUAAAACUGUCUUACUGAAUUAGACAUUGUUCGUUUUAAUUUUUUUACCUUGUUAGAGAUAAUCCACUUUUGCUACGACAAAUGAGCCACUAAAACUAAUUUAUUGAACCAUUUCUUCAUUUAGGGAAUUCUGCUUUCUUAGUAUCCUAAUGAGAUUCUCAUGUCAAGUGACAACGCAGUUCUGCGUGUUUGGUAAUUACUUUCAUAACAUAAAAAGACAAAAGAUGCUGAAACUGAAAUAGCUUAAGCGGCCCAUACAUUAUCAAACAAAUUGCGCAACACAGGCUGUUGCCAUUGUAUAGCUCUGUUUGAUGCGUUACGCAAUUGUUUGGUAAGUUUCAAUGUUUGAAUUAUUUUGUGCAACGGGACUGUUUGCGCAACACGUUGUGUAGUGUAUGUGUUCGUUGCAAUAUUUUAAUUGCCAGACGGUUUUUUUGGCGGGAUGUCGCUAAUUUCUCGAACAAUGCACAACUUUUAAUAAAAAGUUUGAUCAAAAUUUUACCAAAUGUAUGGGUGAUGCAGUUGUGCAACGCAACGUUGGGCAUCGCUUUGUUGUGCAAUUUGUUUGAUAAUGUAUGGACCGCUUUAUUCUCUACCAGCUGAAAAUUUGCGUAUUUUCAAUAGUCUGUAGGCUCCCCAAUUUACGGCUGGAUCAACAUGUCUAAAGUCUUUCAAAAAAACUAAACAAAAAUAUUGGCUACUGAGUGAUCAGCGUUCCAUCUUGUUUGGUUUUUGUUUCUUUAAUAAAGAAGCUUUAAUUAUAAUGGUCUAUCCAAAGAAAGAAAUGGCGAUUUCGAUAGAUGGUCA